UUCCAACAGUCACACCUUCAAGUGUCCGUGUCUCUUUCUUUUCCAUGGCUUUCUCUGCAACUCUCUCACAAAACUCUUUCUCAUGCCUCUCUCACUUCCCUCAAACCUUCCGAAGAAACCCUCUUCGCUUGGCGUCCAUUAGAGCCGUAAGCGCCGCCGCAGAGCCCGAGAAGGAAAAGGCGACGCAGACGCAGACAAAGAGCGAAGAGUCUUCUUCCAAUGCUCAACCAUCCACCGCAGCUCCUAAGCUCCCCAAAAAGCCUGUAUAUUCGAUGAAGAAAGGCCAGAUUGUGAGGGUGGACAAGGAGAAGUAUCUCAAUAGUAUUAAUUAUCUGUCUGUUGGUCAUCCACCUUAUUACAAAGGGUUGGACUACAUUUAUGAAGACCGUGGUGAGGUAUUGGAUAUACGUAUUUUUGAGGAGACGGGAGAGUAUGCACUUAUUGCAUGGGUUGGGAUUCCAACUGCACCAGCUUGGCUUCCAACAGACAUGCUUAUUAAGUCAGAUAAACUGAAUUACGAGAGAAUGUGAUCCAGAUACCAAAAACACAAUUCCAUGCUAUUAGUACCAAUCAUGGAUGCCAUUGCUUGCUAUGUGAAAGUCGCUUGCUUUUGCUCACCAUCAUCAGCAACUUCUUCCGUAUCUUUGUCAGUUGUCAACAUCAAACACAAAUAGGCAUUUUGUUUCUAAUUAUUGUAAGAUAAAAAGUAUUCAAUAUCAAAUGUGUAUCCAAUUCCCCCCGCCAACAUUUUGAAAAAAGCCCCCUCCCUCCUACCAAAUUUUGAAAAAAUAAAUAAAUAUUUGUGGCAUUUUUAUGUAGUGGUAAUUUUCUUAAGAUUUGUUUCUUUGGCUAUCAUUGGAAAUGAAAAUUUGGGGACUUUUAUUAUAUUAUUGGUAGUUGCCUACCAACAUGUGAACAAGAAAAAUUAAGAUUUGUGUAGGCCAAUUUCAUCUUU